AGCCGUUGGUUUGAGGUUGGCCAACAUGAACUGACGCUGCGCGCAUUGAACGAGUGCGCUUGUUGGACGCGAGGCCAGCCGCAGGAUCAAUGCGCUCUUUCAUCGGCCCCGAAAGUGACAAGCUCGGAACGGCAGCGCACACCGGGAGGCUGCUUUUCGCUGUUAAGAGUGCGUGUGCUUCCCACAAGUCAAUCCGGGCAUCAGGGAGGAGCAUGACCCGGCGGACCUGUUGAGCGGGCCGGCCAGCGCACAAGUUGACGCACACGUUGUGGCUUGAGAGGCGCUCCGGGGGAACAACCUCUGUGACUGCGUGGUCGCCUGACACUUUCUGAUCGUCGCUUCUUGCUAUGAUUUAACCACUUUUACACGCUGACUCUCGCUGUACGUGACCACUCUUCGGAGUUCGAUAUGGAUCAUCAUCACUGAAGGGGACCAACACCGCCUCCAUCACUGUUCCCAAAUCCCGACCGAGAUGCCACUGGAGCACAUUCUCACUGGAAUUGAAGCCUCUCUGCACUGAGGCUACCACCGAAAAGUGUUUUGUUUUGUUUUGUCUUGGCCCCAUCAACCGGGAGAGGAAUUUUGAACCAUAUCAAAACAUCGUGAGAGACUCAGUUGGUGGUUCUGAAUGGAGCUGCGUACAUGCCUGCUGCGCAUCUUCCUUCUCAAAGGUUUGUGUCAGUGCUUCAACAUUGACGUGACGCAUCCGCGGAUCUUCAGCGGUCCGGACGACGCCCUUUUCGGCUUCUCCGUGCUGCAGCAUGAAUCGGAAGGAGAGAAAUCAAUGCUGGUGGGCGCUCCUUGGGACGGGCGGCACAACAACAGGAAAGGAGACGUGUACAAAUGUGGCAUGGGAGAGGGGAGCCACUCCAACUGCAGCAAGUUGAAUUUAGGCGAGGCGGCCUUCCACAACAUAUCGAAAAACCUGAAAAACUCUCACCUGGGGAUGACUCUCACGCCCGACUCGCCCGAUGGACUCUUGGCAUGUGCACCACUGUGGUCUCAGGAGUGCGGCACGUCCAUGUUCAGCACCGGCAUCUGCGCCUCUGUCAAUGACGACCUCCAACCGAGAGAGAUUAUCGCUCCGACGGCGCAGCGGUGCACAACGUACAUGGACAUUGUGAUCGUGCUGGACGGCUCCAACAGCAUCUACCCCUGGUUUGAGGUGCAGAGCUUCCUCAGCAACAUCCUCAGCAAGUUCCACAUAAGCCCAGACCAAAUGCAGGUGGGAAUCCUGCAAUACGGUGAGGUGGCAGUCCACGAGUGGUCGCUGAAAGAAUACCAGACCACACAGGAGGUGGUGGAGGCCGCCAAGAACAUCAGUCGCCAGGAAGGACGAGAGACGCGCACCGCUUACGCGAUCAACAUGGCCUGCACCGAAGCCUUCAGCGCCGAGCGAGGGGCGAGGGAAGGCGCCACCAAGGUGAUGAUCGUGGUGACGGACGGAGAGUCGCACGACGGCGAGGAGCUGCCCGACGCUCUGCUGGAGUGCGAGACCAGGAACAUCACCAGAUACGCCAUAGCUGUCCUGGGCCACUACCACCGAAGGCAGCAGGACCCCGACACCUUCAUCAACGAGAUUAAGUACAUCGCCAGCGACCCGGAUGACAAGUACUUUUUUAAUGUGACAGACGAGGCGGCGCUGAACGACAUCGUGGAUGCUCUGGGAGAUCGUAUCUUCUCACUCGAAGGCACACUGGGCAACCAGAGCUCCUUCCACAUGGAGAUGUCACAGAUCGGCUUCUCCACACACCUGCUGGAUGACAGGAUUCUGUUCGGGAUGGUGGGCGCUUACGACUGGGACGGCGGCGUGCUGAAGGAGGGCGCCAGCGGGAGAAUCGUGCCGGCCAGGGAGGCCUUUGAGAGCGAGUUCCCCCUGGAGUUGAAAAAUCACGCCGCUUAUCUCGGCUACACGGUGUCAUCCGUGCUGGUCGGAGAUUGGAGGAGGCUGUAUGUGGCCGGCGCGCCGCGAUUCAAGCAUAAAGGCAAAGUCAUCUUGUUCGAGCUGAGCGACGACGGCGACGUCAACAUCGUGCAGGCCCUCAACGGAGAACAGAUCGGUUCUUAUUACGGCAGCGAGCUGUGCGGUAUGGAUGUCGACCAGGACGGGAUCACCGAUGUUCUCCUGGUUGCGGCGCCCAUGUACUUGGGCUCCGGGAACAAAGAGGCUGGGAGAGUCUACAUCUACACACUCAGUGGGGAAGAGGCGUUCGUCUCCAACGGCACGCUGAAAUCAGACGAAAAGUCCCAGGACGCCAGGUUUGGCUACGCGAUGGCCGUCGCUCCGGACCUCAACCACGACGGAUUCACCGACCUGCUGGUGGGCGCCCCGUUGGAAGAUGACCAUCGCGGGGCUGUGUACGUGUACCACGGCCAAAGUAUUUACGUGAACCAUAACUACAAGCAGCGUAUUCCGGCCAUGUCGGUGUCGCCGUCCUUGCAGUAUUUUGGCCGCAGCGUCAGUGCCAGGUUGGACUUGGAUGGAGACGGGCUGAUCGACUUGGCGGUGGGAGCCCACGGCAGCGCCGUGCUGCUCAGAUCUCGAAGCAUCGUGCAGAUCAACGUCAGUCUUUCCUUCCAGCCGCACUCCAUCAACGUCAUCCAAAAGACGUGCCAGCGCGGCGGCCGCGAAUCCGCCUGCCUGGACGCCACCGUCUGUUUCACGGCCGCGUCGCGUUCCCCUGGGCCGAGCGGCAACGGCUUUGACCUGUGGGUCGCGGCAAUGUUGGAUGACAGGAAAUUGUCAGCCCGGGCGCUGUUUGACGACAGCUCCCACAGGCUGACCCAAUUGUCGCUGCGAGCUCACACAGGACAGACUCUGUGCUACAAACUGCCCUUCCACGUCUAUGACACGGCCGACUAUAUCCGCCCGAUCAGCUUCUCGCUGCGCUUCAAGAUCAACAACACCGAGAGCGGUCCCGUGUUGGACGAGGGCUGGCCGACGUCGGUCAAGAAAUAUAUCCCUUUCUUUAAAGACUGCGGGGAGGACGACGUGUGCACCACCGAUUUGGUGCUACAGGCCCAAAUGGACAUCUCCGGAACCAGACAUAAACCAUAUGUGAUCCGCAGUCCUCGUAGGCGGAUGUCAGUGGAAGUCCAACUGGAGAACAGACUGGAAAACGCCUACAACACCAGCCUGACGCUGCACUAUUCACGCAACCUGCACUUCUCCAGCCUCAGUAUUCGGGAGGACGGCAACUUCAAGAUCGAGUGUACAGGGCUGGGCUCCAACAGCCACUCAUGCAACGUCAGCUACCCGGUCUUUCGCUCCCAGUCGAAGGUACCCCACACGGGAACACCCGCAUCGCACGCCACAUUCGGAACACGCCCUCUCGGUCCACGUGUAACGCGUCUCGUCUCUUCUACGCGAUCAAAGGUUAACUUCAUGCUGGAGUUUGAGUUCAGCUGCGCCACCUUGCACAAUCGAGUCCAAAUGAAGUUGAACGUUGCCAGCGACAGCGUGGAGCGAGCGGACACUCUCGGGGACAACAGUGUCCAGCUGCAGAGUUUUGUCCAGUACGAGCCCGACCUCUUCGUCAGCAGCGACUCGAAUUUAAACCGUUAUGAAGUGCAUCCCACGCGGACAAUGUCAGAAGCCAUCGGGCCGGAGUUCUACACGCACUUUAAGCUCCAGAACCUGGGUUGUUACCCUGUGAGUAAUCUGGAGUUGAGGCUGCUUCUGCCUUCGGCGGCUGCGGGAGACCGAGUCUUCAUGACGGUCACGGACAUCUCCUCGCACAACGCCACGGCCGUCAAUUGCAGCGUCCUGAGUGAUCUGGCGCAGCUGAAGAACCGGCAGAGGGACGUGCGCCCCCUCCACCCCGAAGAUAUGAUGGAGAAUGAUGUCCUGAACUGCAGCAGGUCAUGGUGCAUCGAGGUGACGUGUCAAGUCCAGCAGCUCCUGAAAGGACAAGCUGAAGUCAUUCGCCUCAGCCGCAGAGUCCAUGACGACUUUUUCCGACAGGCCAAAUAUAAGUCGGCGAGGAUCGUCGGCAUGUAUCAGAUCGCGCCUCACGAGACCAACCUCAUCAGCCUGGCCACGGGGACAGUUUGGCGAGAGACUGUGCUGGAGGUGCUGAAGGGACGAGCCAUUCCCAUCUCACUGUGGAUUCUCAUCGGGAGCAUCAUUGGUGGCUUGCUGCUCCUGGCGCUCAUCAUCUUUAUACUAUGGAAGCUCGGCUUCUUCGCGCGGAAGCACAGAGAAGAUGAGAACCAAGACGACUGAAAGAGACACUCGCUCGGCUCUUCGGGCUCGUCGCUCGUUCCGCCUCCGAGGAGGCUCAAAGACA